AAAGAUCCUUUGCGCAUGACUGAGUGCCUGCAGUUCAUUCAUGGUAAAUUAUUUUUCCUUCUUAUUGUUUUCUUCUGCAAGUUGUUGCUUUUUCACUCGCAGCAGGAACUUGCUUCUCCAAAUGCGGGAGGCACGAACUCUUCCACGUCCGCGCGUCCAAUCAGCAGGUAGUCUGCAGCGCGUUCCUGCUGUCAUUGGACAGGGACGGCAAAGGAAAACGCAGCUUUGGCACAAAGUAAACUCCAGCGAGUCUGCUGCUGUGCGCUGUGGAAAGACGCGUCGGAUGGAGAGAGAUGCGACUGACUGGACGGCGAAGGCUUUAAAGGUUUAGCUGCUCUCAUUUCUCUAUAUUCAGUUAGGCGCGGAUCAAAGAAAGGGGUUGGUUUUUUUUGUUUUGUUUCCAAAGUGGAUUACGCACGGCGCAGCUGCGGGACGCAGGAAAACUUCUGCAACUGUAGUUUUUGUUGUGCGGGAGCUCAAAAAUGUGCGUUUUUCUUUUUGAGUUUCUGAAAACUUGUAUUUUUUAAAGAAAAAAAAAUCUCAUAGACAAGUUUUUUUCUUGAAUUCAUUAAAGGCAAAACGCUUAUCCUGAAGAGAGCUUGAUGGAUUAAAAGCAAGCUACACUUUUGUUCGACACAAGUAAGGACAGCAGGGCUAAAUCUAUAUGCUUUGGGGGAUGGCAGCAGCCACUUCGAGCCCGUACCUCGCCAGUAGCAGAAUUUUAUCCGGCCCGGUGGUCCACUCUGAGCGCAGAGGUGGGGGCAUGCAGCCGGGCAGCACCGCCGUCACCACCGUGUCUGGAGGAUACAGAGGGGAGCCCGCGGUUAAGAUGGUGCAGAGUGACUUCAUGCAUGGAGCCAUGGUUGCGAGCAACGGGGGCCACAUGCUGAGCCAUGCCCCCCAGUGGGUGACCUCGCUGCCUCACGCGGCAGCUGCGGCGGCGGCGGCGGCAGCGGCGGCGGCAGAAGCGGGAUCCGCGUGGCCCCCGAGCCCCCAGCCGCAGGAGCUGAAGAGGAACAACGGCAGAGACGAGCUCCAUGCCGGCUCUGCUCUGCACCACCGCCCCGCGCAUGUAGGACCCCAUCAGGCGCAUCCGGGUAGUUGGGGGGGCUCCUCGGCGGCGCACAUCAGCCUCGGUGAGGGGCAGCAGCAGUCCCUCAUCUACUCCCAGCCCGGAGGAUUUACAGUCAACGGGAUGCUGGGCGCGCACACCGGACAGAGCCUCAUGCACUCUGGGUUGGUGCGCGGAGAGUCACCGGAGCUGGACCACAGCAACCAUCACCACCACCACCACCACAACCACCACACGCACCACCACCAGCACCACGGCGUGGGCCACGAUCCGCAGUCGGAUGAGGACACCCCCACGUCGGACGACUUGGAGCAUUUUGCCAAACAGUUCAAACAGCGGAGAAUCAAGCUGGGGUUCACGCAGGCGGACGUGGGCUUGGCCUUGGGCACCCUCUACGGGAACGUCUUCUCCCAGACGACCAUCUGCAGGUUCGAGGCGCUCCAGCUGAGCUUUAAAAACAUGUGCAAGCUGAAACCGCUGCUCAACAAAUGGUUGGAGGAGGCCGACUCCACGACCGGGAGCCCGACCAGCAUCGACAAGAUCGCCACCCAAGGCAGGAAGCGGAAAAAGCGCACAUCCAUUGAGGUGAGCGUAAAAGGCGCAUUGGAGAGCCAUUUCCUCAAGUGUCCCAAACCCUCCGCGCAGGAGAUCAACUCUCUUGCGGACACUCUGCAGCUGGAAAAGGAGGUGGUGAGGGUCUGGUUCUGCAACCGUCGGCAGAAGGAGAAGCGCAUGACGCCACCUGGACUCCCGCGCAGCCCCGAGGACUCGUAUUCACAAGUGGGCAGCCUGGGACCAGACACCCCGUCCCCGUCCAUAGAAUGCAAGCGGAUGUACAGCGACACAUGAAGUGAAAUUCUUCAUCAUUGCUCCAAUUUUUCUAGAAAAAUCUCCCCUUUUAGAAGAUUUGGUGACAUUUUUAUCCCAUGUUAGUGUGUUUAUUUCAGAGCCUUUAUUCUUCCUUAGGUGUUUAUCUGCACUAUGACUCAGCAUCUUGGAGAAAAAUAUUCAUCUUUAAGCUCAACUCAAACAUUUAAUGAAAAACUUUCCUUCUUUUUGCAGAUUAAAACUGAAAAUUCAACUAGUUUUUUUCCCUUGGAAAACACCUAUUUUCCCUGUGAUGCUGCAAAGUUUGCUCUCCCAAGUCUUUAGAUUAAAGCCCAAAUUUAAGAACGUGUAUCCAUGAUUAUUUUUUAUAGCAAUAACUUUUCCUUUUUGUCAUGUCCCAAUAUGUUGUGAUCCUAAUUUAAAUAUUCAAACAUUAUAAUUUUCUUAAACAAAAAAAAGGCAAACCUCCUCCUAGGUCUGCUGUGUGUUACUGUGUGAUGAUUCAAACUAUUUAUUUUUUUCCCACUGUGUUUAUUUUCAUGAAAAAAUAUUUAAUAAAUUUGGAGAAAAAAACAUUUUCAGAUAAUUUCUAGUUUUUUCAGGGUCCAUGUUCACUAUGUGAAAUAUUAAAUGGAUUCUGUCACUUUUGAAAGGAUUUAACUCGCCAGCUAAACAGUAUUUAAAAGUUUACUUUUUUUUGUUUUAAGAAUCCCUUUAAAGUUAUGGAUUAUGUGACCUAUCGUUGCCAGGUUUUGAGUGAAAGAUUCAACGCAGAUACAAGGUAAUGAUUUUAGUUUGUAUUUUUGAUCAAUCUGUUAAAAAUCACACAUUGGCAGCAGCUCUUUCUUUCUUUUCUGCAAAAAUAAGAAUGUGUAAAACAACAAUUGAUGCCCUGUUUCCCAAAUAUUCCGCCAAAAGUGACAGAACUCAUGGGAAGAACUUGUUUCCGUGGUUUUUGUAAACGUUUAUGGGGGAUAUCUGCGCGGCAGAACUAUAGACCGCAGCUCCAUGGAUGGAACACAGGCAGCCAAAGUCAGCUAUCCCAGAUGGCAGUUCACCUCGGCAGCGGUUGCCAAGGAGACAGCAAGAUGGAGUGACACGAGGCACCAUGUGAUGGCUUAGGCAACUGUGAGCUGAAAACAACGCUACAAGUCACAAAUGCAGCUCCACUAAGCAUACGAGAACACACUCUGAGGUCAAAGGUCAACAGCAACAGUAGCUGCUGACAACUGGGACAGAAACACAGAGUGAGCACGAAGCAGAAGUUAAUACUGCACCUUCCACAAGUCCAUUUAGUUUGAAAUCCUGCCUUUCUUGUAACCAGCAGUUAAAUAACAGACAACAUACUGCAAGUUUUUCAUAUUUUGAUUCUUUUGAGUGUCUGAAAGACAGGUGGAUACAAUUAAGAGAAACGUUGAAAGGAAAAAUGUACAAAAAAGAAAUGAAAAAGCAACAAGAAAAAUUAUGAAAUGUGAGAAUUUUGCAUUUAUCACAUCAAAAAACAAUUUAAAGACACACUGAGACUCAAAAACACACAAAACAGC